AUGGAGCCGAGAAACGGUGGCUCAAAGUGGAUCGUCCUGGUCAUGUUGUGUCAUCCUUCAAUCAUCAGGACGUCGCACAGGGGCGCUCGAAGGCAAGAUGGGAAGGUCGGCUCGCCGGUGCAAGCGGCGUCUUACGGUCGCGCGAGGCGGAGACAGGGCUGCAACGGAUACAGGACCGGAGCUUCUCAACAGGCAAUGACGCGGGCCACCGCGAUGGAAGGAAUUCGACGACUCAAGGCGGCCACGGUGGCUGCUCGCGGCAGAGCCGGCUUGAAGGUUGCAGCAGAGGAUAACCUAAGGUCGCAGGAGUGA